ACUGCACAGCAUCUCUAAAUCACUGCUGGUAAAAUUUGAAAUAAACUAGCAUCAGUCCAGCUGUAAAGCUCAUUAGCCUAUCAGCCUGGCAUUGCCCUUGGAGAGAAGUCUGCCAAACCAGUUACUCGGGGACACCAUGAUAUUAUAAACAGAGUAAAUGUGAGGGUGGGGGAGGGGAGAAUGGUACAAGUGUGUGUUUGUGUGUCUGUGUCUGAUGCAGAAAGAGAGACUGAACUGAAAUCAGACGCACAAGAGAGUGGCUGACUACUGAUAUAGGUGAUGAAACAUUAGCUGAUGCAUUUUGGGUACAAUAUUUCGCUCUGGCUAUAUUUUGCAGUCACCCCCCUCAAUUGCAGCAUCCCUCAUUCCAUGGACACCCAGAGGGUUUGGGUUGGGGCCAUACCAUAUUUUUCUCAUGCGGCACAGAGGAAGGCUUAAAGGAUAAGACAUAACAGGUUAUGUCAACAAUAAAAGAUGAUGUUUUAGUUUUGAAAAACAAGACAAUCGUUUCACUGCUAUUAAGGACCAAAUCACUGUAGUUGCUUGGAUCGUGCAAUUCAAUAUCUGCUUCAGGAUUCUUUCAGACAGUCUUCAGUUGAAGGGACAGCAUUACCUAACUGCUUAUUGUGAAGACAAUACAUACCAAAGAUUGAAAGUUCUUUACAGGUCUCAGCUGGCUGCUCGGAAUUGACUCUUUCUGUCACAGAAGGGCAAAAGGAAUCUGAAUUGUAAAGGAAGACACCCAAAUUACAAUUCCAAAAGUAGAAGCACUGAUAAAAAAGAUGGAUUCCCUGAACAGAGAAGUCGUUGUUGACCCACUUGACUGUAGCUCUACAGGGCAGACUGGAUCAGCACAGAGUAAAAAAAUGUGGCUCAAACUCCGGACGCUGCUGAGAUGUAUGGUGAGGCAGUUGGACAAGGGAGAACUAAAUGUCGAAGAUAUGAAGAAGAACCUUGAGUACACGGCCACUCUUCUGGAAGCUGUUUACAUAGAUGAAACCAGACAAAUUCUGGACACAGAGGAUGAACUCCAGGAGAUCAAAUCAGAUGCAGUGCCUUCAGAGGUGCGUGACUGGCUGGCAGCUACUUUUACGCAACAAACAAGAUCCUCAGGAAGACGGUCUGAUGAAAAGCCAAAGUUCCGUAGCAUUGUCCAUGCAGUACAGGCUGGCAUUUUUGUGGAAAGAAUGUUCAGAAAAGCUUAUAGCCUGGAAGGGCCUAGUCAUUCUGCAGAGGUAGUCAACUGCUUAAAGACCCUGGACAGCUGGAGCUUUGAUGUGUUUGCACUGAAUACUGUGAGCGAGAAUCAUGCCUUGAAGUCUGUCAUAUUUGAACUCUUAGCAAGAUACAAUCUGAACAGCCGAUUUAAGAUUCCCUUUUCAUGUUUGGUGCCAUUUCUAGAUGCUCUUGAGAGUGGAUACAGUAAAUACCAAAACCCAUAUCACAACCUGGUCCAUGCUGCUGAUGUGAUGCAAACUGUGCACUGCUUUCUGAUGAGUACUGGAAUGGUGCAAUGGCUAACUGAACUGGAGAUCCUUGCUGUCAUCUUCGCUGCUGCAAUCCAUGACUAUGAGCACACAGGCACUUCUAAUAGCUUCCAUAUUCAGACCAAGUCUGACUGUGCAUUAAUAUACAAUGACCGGUCUGUUUUGGAAAAUCAUCAUGUCAGUUCUGUAUUCCGACUCAUGCAAGAAGAAGAAAAGAAUAUCUUUGUCAAUCUCACAAGGGAUGAAUGGGGAGAGCUUCGUUCUCUAGUUAUUGAAAUGGUUCUUGCUACUGACAUGUCCUGCCAUGUGCAGCAAGUUAAGUCCAUGAAGACAGCACUUCAGUCACUGGAAGGGGUUGAUAAACCAAAAGCUCUCUCAUUGUUGCUCCAUGCUGCCGAUAUCAGUCACCCUACAAAGCAAUGGUCUUUGCACAGUGCCUGGACAAAUGCCUUGAUGGAGGAGUUCUUCAGGCAGGGCGAUAAAGAGUCGGAUCUUGGUCUGCCUUUCUCUCCACUGUGUGAUCGUAAAUCCACCUUAGUUGCUCCAUCUCAAAUAGGUUUCAUUGAUUUUAUCGUAGAACCAACUUUCUCAGUACUUGCUGACAUGAUAGAAAAGAUUGUACUUCCCAGUGAAGAUGACGAAUCCAAAACCUUGGGUCGGCCCUUUCAGCAGAAAAGUUCCUCGCAAAGGCAAACUUCAAUGGAGACUCAACCUGAUUCGUCAUCUCUUGCUGAAAAUCUAAAGAAUUUCCGUACUACAUGGAGUACAUACAUCCAAGAGAAUAAAAUGAAAUGGAAGGAAAAAGCAGUGAAUGUUCCUGUUGUGAGUAACUGAAGACAUUCUUCCUAAACAUCUGACGACCUAUGGAAUCUGCCACACCUAUAUCCAAGGUCAACAUGAAUACACAAAAAAACAAAUGAUUAAAGCUCAGUGGAACUGAAUAUGAAAACACUUUACUGGCAUCCCCAGGAGUGAUGGAGUUACUGCUGUUAAAGUCAGGUCAAUGUACUUCUGUUUCCUUGGAUAUUCUUAAAAAGCAGGAGCUCCAUUUCAGCACCAGAAUUAUUAAGAUUAGACUGGAAGUGAUUUGGGGUUUGGACUGGUUUGAUAAAGAUCACUCUUGCAAGCAGUAUAUGGGUCAUGGGCAUUGCUGCUAUUUGUAAAAAAAAAAUAUCAAAUUUUGUAUAUUCAUAGCAAAAACAUCAUUUGUUAUGACACAGUGAGUCAUGCUACUAAAACUUGCUCAAGAGUCAUGCAUUACAUUUGGUGUACUAGCUGGAUAAAUCAUAUUUUUAUUAAGAAUAGAGCUGACUGUGCAGUCAGUGCUAUACUCUCAUAUGUCAGACAAAUUGGAAAAUAAAUGCUGCACAGUUUUGUCCCAGAUGUUUAUGAUCUAUCUACAAAGUUUCAUAAUGUACUAGUUCUAAAUGGAAUGUUUUCCAGGCAGGUUAGCUGAACAGUGUACUAGAACCAGUAUACAAAACCGAAAUACUAGGAUUAUUUUCUUAAUCUAUCACAUGGUGAUGCAGCAAUGUGGCAUAUAAAGUGAAAGUGAGCGAUAUCGCACUGUGACUAAAUAAAUACUGGCCAUGCAAAUUAUAAAUCAUAAUAUAUGUCACCUAAACAGCAUACCAAGAAAGUUACAUCUUUGCUGAACAUUGUAUAUUUUAUAGUGCAAUGGUAUUAGAAGAUACUGAUGCACUUUUGCAUGGGGAAGAUGGUUAAUAAAAGAACAUUUUCAAAUCUCA